AUGAUUGGGAUAAAGUAUCUCAACGAUGCCCACUUGAAGGGGUUCGAGAAGUACAAGUACAACUGUGUAGACACUAGUAUUCUUAGCGUAUAUAUUAUGCACCCAUUCUGGAACAAGGUGGUUCAAUUCUGCCCCCGUUGGAUUGCCCCGAAUCUAUUGACCUUUUCCGGAUUCCUGCUGACGGUAGUAAACUUUUUCCUCAUCGGAUACUACGAUCCUGAUUUCCGAGCUGCCACGCGGACGCCCAUACCCGUACCGGACUGGGUGUGGAUUGUGGCAGCCAUCAACCUGUUCGUCGCGUAUACCCUGGAUGGUAUCGAUGGUAAGCAGGCCCGAAGGACCGGAACCAGUGGACCACUCGGCGAGCUUUUCGAUCAUGGGCUCGAUUCGUACUCAGCGGUACUUAUACCGAUCUAUGUGUUUAGUAUAUUCGGGGCUGCCGAUCUGCCCCCGGUUCGAAUGUACUUCAUUACGCUCAAUGUCUUUCUAAACUUUUACCUGCCGCACGUGGAGAAAUAUAUCACCGGUGUUAUGUUUCUACCGUGGGGAUAUGAUUUCGUUAUGUGGGGCGUCUCGAUCACACUAGCGAUUACGGGGAUAUUCGGAGCAGCGUUUUGGCAGAUUCCUAUCCUUGGAAUAAAACCGUGUCAUAUCUUCGAGGUCACACUUUACGUAUCGGCAGUCAUUACUAGUCAUCCAAUUAUAAUAAAAAAUAUUUACAAAUCUUACCGUGAUAAAACGGGUAAAAUGCGAUCGUUCACCGAAGCAAUAAGGCCGCUGGUGCCGCUAAGUAGUCUCUUCAUUCUGUGCACGCUGUGGGUGCUGCUUUCUCGGAAUGGCAUUAUCGACCUGGAGCCGCGAUUGUACUUCGUCAUGUGUGGCACACUAUUUUCAAAUAUCUGUUGUCGCCUCAUCGUUUCACAAAUGUCCGAUACUAGGGCUGACCUAUGGAAUGGGCUCCUGAAUCUGCUGUGUGUCACGACAGUCCUCGCCGUUUUGCCAUACCCAGCGAUUGGCCUACCGGAGUUGAGCAUCGAACUGGAAAGGUAUCUGCUCUACGGCCUGGCAGCCUGCGUGACGGUCGCUCACCUUCACUACGGGGCUGGUGUGGUACGGGAGAUGUGUCACCACUUCCGGAUUCGCUGCUUCAAAAUUGCGCCACACGAUAAGCCUUUACUUAGUUACUGAAUGGAAUCGCCAAAGCGUUCACAUAUGCAACGAACAAAAAGGAUAAAUAAUGCAGGGCAGCAUGCAAAACGCCAAUUCAAUGUAGGAUUACGUAAAGAGGGGUAACAGUAAAUAUAGAUUUUCCCUCAACCCAUCACACCGGCAGCAUGUUUUGUCGCAUGUUAUUAGGCGUUAGAUGGUGUACAAUUGAGACUUAACAAAAAAAAAACAUCCUUUCCGAACGCAAACCACUCGUACACAGAUUCCCACGGCUACGUUGCCUCAGACGGCUCCAACAACACCGGCGGACGACAUGGAGGACAUCGCACUGUGAGUGUUAGCAGUGGAAACGUCUCUUUACGGUCAACAAAAGGUGCUUCAGGUUUUAUUAUAGAUAAAAAUGUUAUUCCUUAAUCACCAGAAAUUUGUAUAUCGUGCUCUAUC